AUGUCGUUUCUCUUUUUCUCAACACACUCUGCCGCAGAUGAUCUUUUGCAGGACUUCAGCGACUCAAUGGGAGUUUCGACGGAUCAAGUGAAGUACUUAAUGUACAGUAUUUUGUGUGGUCCUCUAUGUUAUGCCCUCCGUUUCCUUCCAAACAACAAAUUGUUGAAACAAAUUGUUUACAUGAUCCUUGGUAUAGUGCUUACAUACGCUUUAUUUGGUAAUGAAAUUAUAUCAGUCUUCUUCACUACCAUUCCAGUCUAUUUGGUAAUGCUUUUCUUCCCAACUCAAACAGGGGCAAAUGUUAGUUUCAUUAUUUGUUUCUGUUACUUACUCUUCAGACAUAUAUUCUUGUACUUCAAUAUGUACCUUAUUUGGACGGUCGACUUCACAACAACUCAUAUGAUCCUCACACUCAAACUGACUUCAUUCUGUUUCUCUGUUGCUAAUGCCAAAAAGGAGAACUUGAACGACUUCCAGACCAAGCAUAAGAUAGAGAAGUACCCAAAUAUCUUGGACUUCUUCUCUUUUAUAUUCUUCUUCCCAGGCCUGUUCUCGGGGCCAGCGUUGGAGUACAACGAUUUCAUGGCUUUUAUGGACAUGUCUGUGUUCAAUGUGACUGGUGGAAAGCUCCCAGAGGUUCCAAUUGUUGAGUUCCUUCUCAAUUACAUUGGUGGAAUUGCGGCAUACUUUUUCUAUGCGUUUGUUAACGCACACCCACCACCAAGCCCGGAGUAUUAUAUUCUUGAACACCCAGAGACUUGUGGCUUGUUGUGGAAAUUGAUGACGGUGUGGGUCACUGUGUCUACACUGAGAAUUAAGUACUACGCGACUUGGAAAUUGACUGAAGGCUUUGGACAAAUCAGUGCGUGUGGAUUUAGUGGGUUGGACAAAGAAGGAAAACCGCAAUUUUUGUUGUAUCAGAACAUCAGAAUCAUUGAGUUUGAGACAAGCCGAUCUGCGAAGACAAACAUCGACAACUGGAAUAUGUAUGUCCAGAAAUGGCUUAAGAACUACGUCUACGUUGCUUUAACCGGAACCUAUUUUGACAACUUCAAAACAUCGUUGACGAUGGUGGUGAGUGCAUUCUGGCACGGAGUGUAUCCGGGAUAUUAUCUCACGUUCUUGUUGGUUGGAUUCCACAAGGAUGUUUCUAAUUUGAUAUACAAGAAGUUGGACCCAUUCAUUAACGAGAAAUUUGGGAAGGACAGCACUGUUGCUAAAGUGUAUGAUAUAGUGUUGCGAGUGUAUACCCAUUGGGUGUUGAACUACGCCGUAUACCCAUUCAUGAGAUUUGAGUUCAUUCCAUCAGUAACUAUGAUGUACAGAACAUAUUUCUUAGGAAUUCUUGUUCCCGCCGCAAUAUACUGUUGGCUCAAAUUCAGCCCACCAAAAAUCGAAAAAACUGAAAAGAAAAAUUGA